AUGGAGGAAUCGUGGGAUUUUGAAUUCUUGUCUCGAAUGGUUGACAAUCUGGUUUCCUUUCUGUCCGAGUUUGUGGACGAUUGGUUGGCCAACGACAUGAGAGUUACAGUGUUUAAGAUACUGUUCACCUGGCUCAUCAUCAGUCUCGUAGCCAUCCACUUUGCCUGGAAAAUGUACGGGAACACUGUCAACGAUAUGUACUACAGACAGGGGACUGGAGGACAGAAUGGCGGGACACCUGACACUGCGCCUCACCUGAGCGGAUGGGAAAGUGCAGCUGGUGAUGCCAUGAAAACCCACCGUGAGUGAUUUACUGUACCUGCAACUGGAUUAAGAUGACAGACACACACGAUGGCAAUUACAUUAUUUCAAGAAGACUAAAUAAUAAUAACUUCUGCCUCUGAAUCAGUUUUACUUGUGAAGAUGUCUGUGACGAACUGUGGUGCAAAACUCAAGGUCCAAACACAUAAAUAUAUGCUCUAAAAUACUAGACAGAAUGGUGCUGUGCACGGCAAAGAAAGCAUUAAAGGAGCAUGCUGUGAUAUAUAGCAGCUUUAAUAUCUUUUUUAGAAUGCUUUAAUUUAUUUGGAUUGAAACUGGAAGCCAGUAGAUAGCAAAACUUGAACCAUUCUUACACAGUAUCAUUCGACUAAGAACUGACAGGAAUACUACUCUAAAUGAAGAUCCCAAAUGUUCACAUAGUCAUCUGGUCUGUAUGUAGAAAUCAAACAUUUAAUUUCAGUGUUGUAAGAAAAUAGACUUGACUGUUCAGAGAUAAAAAAAAAUAAAAAUACAUCAAGUGUGCCUCUACCAGUUUUCAGUCCAAGAGGUUACUGCUGUCUUUUUUCAGUGAAAAUAAUAAAUACUAUUUGUAUAUGA